AUGGGCAAAUGCAACACUGCAACAACGGAGGAUGAUAGUAGCAACACUGCAACAACGGAGGAUGAUAGCAGCAACACUGCAACAACGGAGGAUGAUAGUAGCAACACUGCAACAACGGAGGAUGAUAGCAGCAACACUGCAACAACGGAGGAUGAUAGUAGCAACACUGCAACAACGGAGGAUGAUAGCAGCAACACUGCAACAACGGAGGAUGAUAGCAGCAACACUGCAACAACGGAGGAUGAUAGCAGCAACACUGCAACAACGGAGGAUGAUAGUAGCAACACUGCAACAACGGAGGAUGAUAGUAGCAACACUGCAACAACGGAGGAUGAUAGUAGCAACACUGCAACAACGGAGGAUGAUAGUUGCAACACUGCAACAACGGAGGAUGAUAGUAGCAACACUGCAACAACGGAGGAUGAUAGUAGCAACAUUGCAACAACGGAGGAUGAUAGUAGCAACACUGCAACAACGGAGGAUGAUAGUAGCAACACUGCAACAACGAAGGAUGAUAGCGGCAACACGUAUAGCAACUGUGCCGGAGCAGUAACUGUGCCGGAGCAGGAGGAAAGUUUGUUUAAAUGUUCCGUGACGGAGCUGCAGCAGUAUGUAGAGUCCGGCCCAAGUCCCCAGAUGGGGUCUCGGUCGACGGGGCGACGUCAGGAAGCAAUGGAGAACCGGUCGAUGAGUCCAGGGACUUAUUCUGGGCCUCGGUCGUGGAGUGGAGAUGGCAGUGGAGAGGGCAGUGGAGAUAGCAGUGGAGAGGGCAGAGGAGAGGGCAGUGGAGAUAGCAGUGGAGAUAGCAGUGGAGAGGGCAGUGGAGAGGGCAGUGGAGAGGGCAGAGGAGAGGGCAGUGGAGAUAGCAGUGGAGAGGGCAGUGGAGAGGGCAGUGGAGAGGGCAGCCUAGAGGGCAGUUCAGUCAUUGUACAAACGAAUUUAUGUGACAAGGACGAUGGUGUCACGUCUCUGGGUGACAAGGACGAUGGUGACACGUCGCUAAGUGACAGGAACGAUGGUGACACGUCGCUAAGUGACAAGGACGAUGGUGUCACGUCUCUAAGUGACAAGGACGAUGGUGACACGUCUCUGGGUGACAAGGACGAUGGUGACACGUCGCUAAGUGACAGGAACGAUGGUGACACGUCGCUAAGUGACAAGGACGAUGGUGACACGUCUGUAAGUGACAAGGACGAUGGUGACACGUCGCUAAGUGACAAGGACGAUGGUGACACGUCUGUAAGUGACAAGGACGAUGGUGACACGUCUGUAAGUGACAGGAACGAUGGUGACACGUCGCUAAGUGACAAGGACGAUGGUGACACGUCGCUAAGUGACAAGGACGAUGGUGACACGUCUCUGGGUGACAAGGACGCUGGUGACACGUCGCUAAGUGACAAGGACGAUGGUGACACGUCUCUGGGUGACAAGGACGAUGGUGACACGUCUGUAAGUGACAAGGACGCUGGUGACACGUCCCUGGGUGACAAGGGCGAUGGUGUCACGUCUCUGGGUGACAAGGACGAUGGUGUCACGUCUCUGGGUGACAAGGACGCUGGUGACACGUCGCUAAGUGACAAGGACGAUGGUGUCACGUCUCUGGGUGACAAGGACGAUGGUGUCACGUCUCUGGGUGACAAGGACGCUGGUGACACGUCGCUAAGUGACAAGGACGAUGGUGUCACGUCUCUGGGUGACAAGGACGAUGGUGUCACGUCCGUGGGAGACAAGGACGCUGCCACCAACAUGUCCCCAACACCGGAAUGUGCUCAAGAACAUAUGAACGUAGCACCGACGGAGCAGACGUGUUCGCACCGUCGGACCCGCGGCUUUAUGAGCCGCUGUUCCCAGAUUGUCACUCACGAUGUGGACCACUGUGGAUCACUGUGGACCACUGUGGAUCACUGUGGACCACUGUGGAUCACUGUGGACCACUGUGGAUCACUGUGGAUCACUGUGGACCGCUGUGGACCACUGUGGUACUGUGAACCACGACUGUGGCCAAUUUUGGGCCUGCAGGAUCAAACUCGAGCUCUUGGGCCCAGCAUUUCUAGCUGUCGGUUGUCUAAUGAAUGUCCCCCUGACCAAUUUCCCAGUCAUGUCUACUUUAACCUCUACAACCUGCUCCUUUAG